AUGGGCCUAACUCUCAUUCUUGGAAUACGGGCGGCCCCGCGGAGCUGCCUUGGGCGAUGCAGACAUUUCUCGAGCCUGUCGUUCCGCGCGUCUGGCCACAACAGAUGGUCCAAGAUCAAACAUGACAAGGGAGUAAACGACCUCCAGAAGGCCAGGGAGAGGACGCGACUUUCCCAGCAAAUUUCUCUCGCUUCGAAACUCCACGGCCCCGAUCCCAACGCCAAUCCUCAUCUCGCAAGUGCGAUCGCAGCCGCGAAGAAAGGCCAACUUGCCAAAGACAUGAUUGAAGUAGCAAUCCUUAGAGGCCAGGGCAAGUCCCUUGCCAAUCUGCCCCUUGAGGCAGUCAUAAUCGAGGCUCUACUUCCACAUGGCGUUGCAGCCGUCGUCGAAUGCGAAACGGACAACAAAAGGCGCACGCUUCAAGAUAUCCGAGUGAUCAUCAAUAAAGCCGGAGGCACCGUCGGGCCCACUUCUUUUCUCUUCGAGAAGAAAGGUCGCAUACACUUUGAAGAGCAGGACAAGAUCGGGGUAGAUGAAGCAUUAGAAGCAGCAAUUGACGCAGGGGCUCUUGACAUUGUGGAAGAGGAGAGCAGACUAGUCGUGGAGACACCACCGACCGAGCUCACUGCAAUUGCUGAGCGGUUACAGGAAACCCUGAAGAUCCGCAUGGAGAAGUCAGAGGUCGUCUACGUGCCAAAUGACGAUACUAUGGUGCCUCUGACGGACGAGCAGGCUGGGGAGUUACAGCCUGUGCUCGACGCGCUGGAGGCAGAUCCUAGUUGUCAGGCUUUGUACAUUAAUGGCUCCUUUGAUUGA